GCGGAGCCGCUGCCGCGGCGGGGCCGGAGAGGCGGCGGCGCGGAGCUGAGGGCUUCCUCCGGCAGGGGCUGAGGUGAGGUAAGGCGGUGCCGUGCCGUGCCCUUGUGGUUUUUAAUUCAGCCGUGUGUUACAGGCUUUAGCUGGCAGCCUUUUCGUCCCAUCCUGGGUGUUGUACCGCCCAGAGAAGGGGCUGGGGUGUCUGUUUAUUAGAAGAGAGUUUGGUGAGUAUUAAUAGAACGUUUCACAUGAUUCGGAUGCUGCUCACUUGCCGCUGAAACCUCCUAAAAGAUUCAGCUGGAUUAAGUAUUAAGGCUGGAGACCAUCUGCGAGCUCAGCCAGUAAAUCCCUGCAACACGGUGGGUGCCUGGGACGCGUUUCAAGGCUCCUCUGUUUUAAAUCCGUGUGAUAUAAUACUGCCCUCUUUAAUUUAUAAUAAAUUUUCAUGCCGGAAGAGCACAGUCCAACUAUAAUGGCAGUUGAUGAACUUCAAGCCAUAAUACAAAGAUGUCAAAUUCUGGAAGAAGCUGAUUUCAAAGGAGAAGAUUUUAAUCUGUUUCAGGUAGCAGGUCAGAAAUGUUUGGAAGAUGGAUAUGCAGCUCAGUUAUUAGAAGUAAUUCAAAAUGAGAAAAACAAGGUUAUCAUCAAGAAUAUGGGUUGGAAUCUCAUUUCUCCUCUUGUUAGAUGUAUUUUUAUGUACAAACAAGAAGAUGAUAAGCGAGAACACUGCCUGAGGAUACUAGAUCAGUUGGCACAGCUCUGCAAUCCAAAGGAACUUUUUUUGGGUUUACUUGAGCAGAUUGAGCAGACCUCUGGAGAGCAAGUGUGUCAAACUGUCAUGUUAUUGCUUCAGCCUUUGCAGACAGUGCUUUUGAAACUUCAGAACAAGAAGGCCUACUCAGUGGGUUUGUCAUUGGCCAUGAUUAUGAAUCAGCUCACUCCCUUACCUGUACCUUAUACAAAACAACAAAUUGAAGAAGACAAACUUGGUCUCUGUCAAUGUUGUAAUGCAGUGGUGGACUUUGCUAAACCUUUUGUGAAUGAAGUUGUUAAAAAUAUGGAAAAGUCAUCAGAAUACAAUGACAUGGAGCUGAAAGAAGAAUUAAUAAAAUUCUGUAUGAGAAGCCUGAAAUACCCACUAUUGACAGCUCAGCUUGAACAGCUUGAGGGCAUUGAAGAACAUCCUUUUCGGCACUUUGCAACUGAAAUUAUAGACAUUUUGUGGCAUAUAGGAGAAUUGAUACCAUUAGUGUUUGUACAUCAUAAAGGCAAAAGUCCACACUGGGAGAAUCAGGAGUUUUCAGACAUAGAGCGAAAGAAUUCUGCUGAUUCUUUGGCGAGUCUGUCAUAUCUGGUGUUUGUUCAGCAUUUUGGUGUUGAAUGCUUUCCAGUGGUUUUUAGUCCUUCAUACCUUCUGCUGUGCAAUAUGGCACAUAUUGAAAUGCUGCUGAAAAGAACAGAAGAAUCUGUAUUAUCUAAAGGACUAGAUCUGUUUGAGAGCUGUUUAUUGAGAAUGGAAGAUAACAGCCUUCUGCAUCACUAUUUAGAAUUCAGAGACUUUAUUAAUGUACCUCAGGAUUUGGUGAAAAUUAUGACCCUAUGUCCCAUGGAGCAUAUGAGAAAGAAGAGUUUAAAUAUUUUGCAGUUGUUAAUAGACAAGUUUGAUACAGAGGGGAAAUACACAUUAUUCAGGUGUUUACUGAAGACAAGCAACCAUGCUGGUGUGGAAGGAUACAUUAUUAAAAAUAUAAAAGAUCAGAUUCACUUAGCAUUAACGAAGGAGUAUGACAGCAUUUGGUUUACAGGACAUCAUCUGAUCUCCCUUCUAGAUUUAGUACUUUCACUUCCAGAAGGUGCUGAGACUGAUCUUCUGCAAAACUCAGACAGGAUUAUGGCAUCACUGAAUCUGCUGAGAUACUUAGUCAUUAAGGAUUGUGAAAGUGACAAUCAAACUGGUGUAUGGACCACACUUGGCAAGAUAGAGCAGAAUUUCUUAAAGCCGCUGCGUGUAGGACUCAAUAUGUCAAAAGCACAUUAUGAAGCAGAAAUUAAAAAUAAGAAAGAAAACAGAAAAGAGGCACAAAGUUCUAACACAGUUUGCUCUGUUACUGUUAGUGGGGAAAAGAUGCCUGCCAUGACUACUGGAAUGCAGCUUCAAGUUUUACACUCAGCUCUUUUCACAUUUGACUUAAUAGAAAGUGUUCUAGCUCGGGUAGAAGAACUCAUAGAAGUGAAAACAAAAGCUGUAAUGGAUGAAAACAGUUAAGGCAGCUGAAGUGUUUGAAUUAACAUAUUCCUGACAAGAUCAUUUGGACUAUGAGACUUCAGUUGCAAGGAAGGCUAUGGCCCUUUAAAGAAGAGCAAUUUAGAGUGGCCUCCAGAAGAACUGCAAAUGCUGCUCUUCAUAAAGUCUUGUUGCUGUUCUUUUUUAUUUACUUUUGCUCUUGUUGCAUGUGAUUUGCAGAUAUGGUCUGUUUACUCCUCUUCAGAAUUUGAUGCUUUUUCUAAAGUUCAGAAACUAAAAAACCCCCAGGUGUUUCUUCUCUGUGGCAAGGAGGUAUGGUUAGGCAUUUAUUUUUUUUUUAACUUUCAGUGUUUGUUGGGUAAUAGUUGCUCAUUGGUGUUGUGAAUUACAACAAUUUUUAUCAAGUGAUUGAAGAACCAUUAAUUAAAAAGCCCUGUUUAAGCAAAAGAUAUUUUUAUUAGCACAUUUUCAUGUUGACAAACAAGCUUCUCUAUUUGCAAACAGGACUGUAAGGUACGGAUAGCUAACACUACAGAAUAUACUAUCUAUAGAUAGUAAAAACACUGUGGCAAAGGAAACCAGCUUUAAAGAAAAACACAUCAACUUUGAGCCAAAUGAGAUGUUAGAGUUUAGUAACAUAACAGGUAACACAUUUAAAAAACAGUGUAAGGUUGCAUACGUACAGCUGCUGUUUUUAAGGAUACCUGUAUUUUUGAAUUGUUUUGAUCAUCCUUAUCUUUAAUUGUACAGCUUUCCUUAAGAUAUGGUAAAUUUUUUUGGGAAUUAUUAAUAAACAGAUGAGCCUCUAAGGUCAGAACCAAGUUAAAAAUAAGGAUGACUUUCCUAUAGUACAGCUAAAACACAUUUUUCCCUCCCUGGAAAGCACAUUUGGUAUCAAGUAUGAUAUUUUUCCCUGUAUAGCUACUUAAUACAAAUUUUCAUGCCAAAUACAUAUGUUGUAUGUAGUCUUUUGAAAUGUAACUAUAUUUUUAGGAACAUUCUAUAUUUUGUUUAAAAUGUAGCCACUAUUUAUAAAUAAAAAACCAAAUAUUAAGUUAA